AUGUACCGCUUUCAUCCCUCAGUGCGAUGGUCCAGCGGGUACCCCUCGAGUACCGAAAUCGUCGACCAAGUGACUAAGAUUUGGCGUUGCUAUGGAUUGGAGGAGAGAACAAAGUUCAACAACCGAGUCACAAAGGUCUAUGCCAACGGGAAGGCUGGAUGGUGUGUCAACGAUCAAUCUAAUGGGAUGUUCGACGGAAUCAUCGCUGCAGUAGGGACCUGCGGGCAGAUCAAAGUGCCGAAUUUGCCUGGUCAGGAUCAUUUCCAAGGUGACAUAGUUCACUCAUCGGAUCUAGACGACAAAGAAGCAAAGGACAAGAGGAUCUUAAUCGUUGGCGGCGGAGCCAGUGCAGUUGAAGCACUUGAGUGGGCCGCUAAGACAGGGGCAGCAGAGAUCAACGUCCUCUCUCGCAGCGAUAAGUGGAUCAUUCCUCGCAACGCCGUGAUUGAUAUACUCUUAGCAUUCAAUGUGUUUGGCCAAGAGACAAUGUUCUCGUGGAUUCCGGAGAACAUUCUCAGACUCUGCUUCUACCGAGAUCUCUCCGACCUUUCGCCCACGUCUAAAGGACUCUUCACUGAGACACCCAUGGUCAAUUCGAUGGUCUUCGACCUCAUUCGCGAACGGAAAGCUCACUGGCUGAGAGGUGAUAUUUCCUCGGUGGAAGAGGACGGCAUCGUCUUUAACCAUCGUGCACAAGGUGUACCUAAAGGAGGGCCGGGUCACGAACGCCUUGUCAAAGGCAACAUGAUUAUCAUGGCGACAGGGUAUAAACGCCCAUCUCUAGGUUUCCUGCCAAAAGAGGUCUUCCAGGACCCAUAUCAACCCCCGAACUGGUACAUUCAGACUUUCCCACCCGGAUACCCUUCCAUUUGUGCCAACAAUUGCACGUAUGUGAACGCUAUCGGUACAGUCGGCAACUACCAUAUUGGCAUAUAUACCCGCCUCCUGCUGAUGUUUCUGGUGGAUCCACUGACCUGUCCGAAGGAGAACCUCAUGAAACGCUGGAUCGAUAUGACGUCCGUUUUGAAAUCGAGAGCACCGACAGGGGCGUUUGAUUUUUUCACCUAUACUGAGCUCCUCUGGUGGUAUUUCUUCAUUGUUCUGAUCAAUCCUUUCCGGUGGAAGUGGGCGUUGUUCGUCUUUUGCGGGAUUGAAAAGUGGUUUCCUUUGAGUGUGGUUGAGUGUGAGGAUAGUGUAAGGUUUGGAACAGGAUUGGGAAAGAGUGAUGAUGAUUAA